AUGAGAUUUUCGUUCACUCUCUCUGUCGCCCUUGCGGCCUUCGGCGGACUCGUGGCGCAAGCGGCUCGGCCCCUUGAGAAACUCGGCCGUGGCGUAGUCGCCGUCCGCUCAAGCAGCUCAAGCGUUCUUGUCAGUUGGCGGCUCCUCGGCCUCGACCCCUCAGGAAUCGGUUUCAACGUCUACCGCGGCUCCACGAAGCUCAACAGUGCAGUCCUGACUGGCGGCACCAACUUCGUCGACUCGACUGCGAACCUCGGCGUAGUCAACACCUACUCCGUUCGCCCCGUCAUCAACGGCGCCGAACAAGCCGCCAGCACUUCCUUCAGUCUGCCUGCCAACAACGCCGUCGAGCCCAUCGUCCGGGUUCCUAUUCGCAGCGGUGGACCAAUCAAGUUCAUCUGGGUCGGUGACCUCAACGGCGACGGCGAGUGGGAUUACGUCCUCGAUCGCCAGACCUCCCCCCAAUCUAUCGAGGCGUACACCGGCAACGGCACGUUUCUCUGGAGCGUCAACCUCGGCCCCAACAGCGUGAACCAGAACAACAUCGAACCCGGCUCCUCGACCAUUGACGUCGGUCACUGGGAUGGAGUCACUGUCUUCGACUUUGACAGUGAUGGCCGUGCCGAAGUCGCCAUUAGAAUCGCCAACGGCGUCGUUUUCGGAGACGGCAAGACCUUCAACUCUGGCUCGACCGCCAAUCACCAAUUCAUGGCGAUCCUGGACGGCCGUACCGGAGCCCUCCGCGCCAGUGCGCCAGUCCCUACGGACUACCUCGCAGACGGUCCUCUCGCCGCACGGUUGGGCGCAGGCUUCCUGGACGGCAACACUCCUCACUUGGUGGCUUACAUGAAGAACCGCAUCGGAUCCGGAGACUUCAACCUCAUGAUGGCUGCGUGGACCUUGAGCGGCAACACCUUGACGCAGAAGUGGAAGUGGAACCGUGGCACUACGGCGGCCUCGGACGGACACAACACCCGCAUCAUCGAUCUUAAUGGCGAUGGAAAGGACGAAGUCGUUGAGAUCGGCUUCGCUCUCAACGGCGACGGCAAGCUGAGGUACUCCCUUGCCAGUCAGGGAGUUAACCACGGCGACCGCUUCCACAUCGCCAAGAUCGACCCUAGCCGUGCUGGCCUGCAGGGCUUCGGCGUCCAACAAGACAACCCCAGCAAGCUCUACGAGUACUACUACGAUGCCGACACCGGCAACAUCAUCUGGAAGCACAACGGUGCUGAAGUCGGUGAUGUCGGGAGAGGCAUGGUCGGCGACAUCGACCCCAACCACCCGGGCAUGGAAACCUGGUCGUUCUCGGGCGUGUACAACGCCAAGGAGAACAAGCUCACCGAGUCCGACACGUCGCUCGCCCCGUGGCCUCACAUGGGCAUCUUCUGGGACGGCGACGAGCUGAUGGAGCUCUUCAACGACGGCAAGAUUGAGAAGUGGAACUGGAACACCUCUGCUGUCGAUCGCAUCCUGAGGGUGAGCCAGGCGGGGUAUGGUGGUUCCACGUACGGCGUCAACCCGCAGUUCCUCGGCGACAUCCUUGGAGACUGGAGGGAGGAGGUCAUCGUCACGAACUCGGGCACGGCGCCGGACGAGCUUCUCAUCUUCACGACGGACAAGCCGAGCAACAUCCGUCUGUACACGCUGCCGCACAACCCGGCUUACCGCAACGCCAUGACGCUCAAGGGUUACGUGCAGUCUCACCAUGUGGAUUACUUCAUUGGGAAGGGCAUGACUACGCCGCCCCAGCCGAACAUUCGGUACGCGGGAGCUUAG